AUGACUCUUCCUAAUAAUUCUCAUCUCUUCCCACAUACCUUCUUCUUGGCUGGCAUCCCAGGCAUGACCACUGUUCACAUAUGGAUCUCACUUCCUUACUGCUUCAUGUUUUUCCUUGCAGUGAUAGGGAAUGGUGUCCUGCUUUUUCUCAUUCACACAGAGCACAGUCUUCACCAACCCAUGUUUUUCUUUCUUGCCAUGCUCUCCUUUGUUGACCUGGUUCUCUCCCUCUUUACUCUGCCCAAGAUGCUGGCCAUUUUCUGGUUUGAUGCUACAGCCAUAAGCUUUCAUGCCUGUCUUUCCCAGAUGUUCUUCAUCCAUGCAUUUUCUGCCAUGGAGUCAGGGGUGCUAGUGGCCAUGGCCCUUGAUCGCUUUGUGGCCAUUUGUAACCCUCUGCGCUAUGCCACCAUUCUAACCCCAGUUGUUGUUGGCAAGAUUGGAGGCCUGGUAGUGCUUCGGGGUGUGGGAUUGACCAUCUCUUUUCCAAGCCUGGCUCAGCGGCUAUCCUACUGUGGCUCACACACAAUUGCCUAUACCUACUGUGAGCAUAUGGCUGUGGUGAAACUGGCCUGCGGUUCCACUACUGUGGACAACCUCUAUGCCUUUGUCGUGGCAAUCUUGCUUGGUGUGGGGGAUAUGGCCUUUAUUGCUUACUCCUAUGGGCAAAUUGUGAGGACUGUGAUGAAUUUUCCUUCAUCUGAGGCACGUGCUAAAGCAAGCAGCACAUGUACAGCCCAUGUUUGUGUCAUCUUCUUCUUCUAUGGGCCAGGUUUUCUUUCUGUGAUCAUGCAGCGGUUUGGUCCACCCACAGCCUCUGCUACCAAGGUCAUCUUUGCCAAUCUCUACUUGCUCUUUCCCCCCGCACUGGACCCCAUUGUCUAUGGAGUCAAGACCAAGCAGAUACGGGAGAGACUGUUCACAAUUUUGAACCUCAAUCGGAUUGACCCAAUUUGA